GGAAACAGGCUUAGAGGGAGUGUAACUUUCUCAGAAUAUCUUGUUUUUGUUAACUCACUCCAAACCUCAUGUUUUUAUUCUAUUUUUGCUUCCACUGAACCCUGACUGAUAACAGGACUCUGGAAAACUGUACCAUCACACUGUUGCCCUCAUGAAAGCAGGCCAGGGAUUCUUUCUAAAGCUUCAUCUUAGCACCCUUGCUGCUUACCUCGCAGGGCCAUUUCUGAGCAGUAGAGCUAUCAGGAACGCCACUGAACAGCCAGUUCCAAAUCCUGUCGUCAGAGUCCCUGCUACUGUUCCAAGUGGUAACAGAAGCAUAUUAUUUUAUUUAGAAGAAAUGAGUGUAACUAGUAUUGCAUUAAGAGUUGAAACCUGGCUUUUAGCUACAUGGCAUGUUAAAGUGCCUCUAAUGUGGCUGGAAGCUUGUAUUAACUGGAUCCAAGAAGAAAACAGUAAUGUCAAUUUGAGUCAGGCACAAAUGAAUAAACAAGUGUUUGAACAAUGGCUACUUACGGAUCUGAGAGAUUUAGAGCAUCCUCUUUUACCUGAUGGUAUUUUAGAAGUUCCAAAAGGAGAACUGAAUGGAUUCUAUGCUCUUCAGAUUAACUCCUUGGUUGAUGUGAGCCAACCUGCAUAUUCCCAGAUACAGAAGCUGAGAGGAAAGAAUACAGCAAACGAUCUAGUUACAGCUGAAACACAAGUAACCCAAAAACCUUGGGAAGCAAAACCUUCACGAAUGUUGAUGCUACAGCUAACUGAUGGAAUUAUACAAAUGCAGGGAAUGGAGUAUCAGACUAUUCCAGCUCUUCAUAGUAAUCUUUCUCCAGGUACAAAAAUUUUGAUUCAUGGAAACAUUUCUUUCCGUCUUGGUGUUCUCUUAUUGAAACCAGAGAAUGUGAAAGUGUUAGGAGGUGAAGUUGAUGCUCUGUUAGAAGAAUAUGCCCAAGAAACCGUACUUGCAAGAUUACUUGGGGAACCUGAUCCUGCAGUUGCAGUCAUCCCAAGUAAUUCAAACCAGAACAUCCCCAGAGCUACAGAUAUUCUGGAUCCUGCCUUAGGACCUUCUGAUGAAGAACUCUUGGCAAGUCUUGAUGAGAAUGAUGAGCUUACAGGAAAUCAUAUCACCUCCUUGGAAAGAUGUUUCAACUCAGGUAGUUCUUCAAAUAUUAUUCCCAUGGGACAGUCAAGUUCUGAACCAAAAUCAAAGGAGAAACCACCAAAGCAGUCUAUGCAUUUCACUGAUGAGGAAUUAGAUGACUUUUCAUUGGAAGAGGCCUUGCUUUUAGAAGAAACUGUCCAGAAAGAACAGAUGGAUACUGAAGAAUUGCAGCUGUUGGCUUUAAACAGAAACACAGAUAGAAGUACAGAGAGGGUUUCACAUAAACCUAAUACUGCUAAUAAUUUUUCUUUGAUUUGCAGAAAUGGAAACAGUAGCUGGAAUGAAAAAAAUUUAUCUGAACAAAUGGCUAAUGAAGACGAGUCUUUUGGUUGUCCAUCUGCUAGAGACCAAAGUAGUAGUGUUUUUUCAGUACAGCAUGAUGUGCCCCUGACCCAUGAUUCUGCAAAUAAAUAUGAGAACUCAGAUGAUAAAACAAAGCAAACCAUUAGCAGUUCAGGUGGAUACUCUUUGACAAAUAAAAUGUUAAACAGAGAGCUGCUCAACUGUGGACCGAGAAAGAGUUCACAAAGGUCUAAAGAAAAUGAUCAUCAUUUACAGACUCGUCCUUUAAGGUCAUCAGUGAGUAACACUGAUUCUUCUCUUGCCGUGGAUUUGUAUUCUCCACCCUUUAGCUAUUUGUCCAUUCUAAUGGCCAGCAAAUCAAAGGAAGUUGCAACUGUGAAAGUGAAAGCCUUUAUUGUAACUUUAACUGGAAAUCUCUCAAGUUCUGGUGGAGUUUGGAGUAUAACUGCAAAGGUUUCUGAUGGUACCGCGUAUCUAGAUGUAGACUUUGUAGAUGAGAUACUUACUAGUCUGAUAGGGUUUUCAGUACUAGAAAUGAAACGGUUAAAAAAGGAUCCUCUUCAAUACCAAAAGUUCCUGGAAGGUUUGCAGAAAUGCCAGAGAGAUUUAAUAGAUUUGUGCUGUGUCAUGACUAUUUCAUAUAAUCCUUCAUCAUCUAAAGCAAUGGUACUGGCGUUAGAAGAUGUUAAUGUGGAACACCUUGAGAGCCUGAAGAAGCGAUUAAAUAAAUAAAUUUACUAAGAAUUGCAUUAGAGAACAAUUCAAGACAACAAGGAAAUAUUUAGAAUUAAAUUUGUUCACAAUUUGUUGAAGCUUUCUGUCUGUAAAAAAGAAAAAUAGCUGUCCCAAUUUAAUUUUGCAAUGUUUAUUUUGUUGUAGAUGUAGGUUUUUUUAAUAAAUUAACUUUUUAUACUAAUUGUUCAAUGAAGAAAUGUAGUAAUUUUUUGAUCUGCCAUUUAACGUAAGAUAAUUGCUAAAGUAUUGAAUUAGUGUUAACUGAUGAAUCAUAUUGAUGAAAGUUAUUUAUAAAUAGGAUGUUUACUUCUGCGUUUAGUACCCAAAGUACUUGUUUAUAGCCUUAUUCUUAGGAAAAAAAAAAAUUAGAAUCCAGUGAAUCAGAAUACCAGGUCUCAAGAUGCAGAUUGCUUUGCUACUUUUUAUUUUGCUGAAUGUAAAUAUUUGUUUGGUAUGUUUAAUAUAAAUCUUGUUAACAAGUUACUAUUUCAUGAUAAUGUUGAAUGAUUUAAAAGCCUUAUUUUCAAGGAUAGUUUAUUUUAAGUGGCUUUUUGAAAACUUGAUUAUUAAUUUCCAGGAAACAGUUCAUUUAUUGGAUUAAAAUAAGGCACUUGUCUAUAAAUAUUAUCAUCUUUCUAGGUAUCUGUAUAUAAACCUUCCUUUAGUUUUGUUGUAAGUACUGAGUUUUUAAAAGGCUCUUUACAAUUCUACUUUGCUGCUACAGAGUUAUAUUU